AACAAACGAAACUAAAUAUUCUACAAAAAACUUCUCGUGACCGAAAGAUAACACUAAUUUAUCACUUUAUGAUUUCUCACGUUCUUUUAUAUCUUAACCUGAAUAAGCGAUGAACAUGGUCCGCACAAUUUCUGUACAUGGGUACGAAGCUUUAACAAAAGCUUUAAGUGGAAUACAGGGCUCGGUGUAUAUUUUAUUCAGCGGCAGUCAAGAUGAAUAUGGAGUCAGCUGGUGUCCUGACUGUGUUAAAGCUGAGCCAGUCAUAAAUAAAAACCUUGAAAAGGCCCCUUCAGAUGCAACAUUUAUACACUGCCAUGUAGGAGACAGAAAUUACUGGAAAAAACAGGACAAUGAAUUUCGAAAAGAUCCAAAGUUUUUGGUGAAAUGUGUUCCUACACUGCUCAAAUUUGGCUCACCCCAAAGAUUGGAAGAGGAACAAUUGUUUAAAGAUGAUUUGAUCCAAAUGAUGUUUGAAGAAGACUAAAGAGCAGCUAUUUUGAGCAUUUGGUGAAAUUGAGUCUGGGCAGAGAAAAUAAAAUUCCAUAACUAUUUAUUGCCUAAACAAUAUAUUUUUUUUUCUUCAUAAAAAAUGUAGAAUAUUUUUUCUAUGAUGAGUGUCCCUGUUUGUGUUUCAAUUAUUUCUCAAGUUCCUUUUGUAGAUCUUUUAACAGAGCAUCAUGUAUAAGGUGGAGUAGGGGAAGGGGGGUCCACCAACAAUCUCAGCUUUCCCAAACGGACAGCUUUCAUUGAUUGAUUCCUGUCUUCAUUCAUAUAGUUUAGACAUCCUAGUCAGACAUUUUACAAAACAUAUGCUUCUGUCAUUUAUGUUUAGCCUUUCAAAACAUUUUUCUUUAUUUGCUUCAAAAUUUUUUUUUAAUUUUAACAUGAAUUUCUUGUCACUUUCAAAGAAAACAUCUAGACAUUGUGUUUUAUUGUAAGUACUUUUUUUUACAUCUGGCUUUUAAUUUGUAUCUUUUCAUUAUGCAACUAUUUAACUUUGUACAAAAAUGUCUUUUUUUAGAAAUUGACACACAAGCUAUUAAAAGAAAUAUUUAAGUUUUCUUAUCAAACUUUGUGGUCCUUUCGGGCAGAUGAUAUAAAACUCAUCUUUUUCUAUGCUAAGGAGGUGGCCUGCCUGGUCGUGGGGUUUGUGCGCUGGACUGUGGUUCAGACUUAUCUAUGGUCCCAGGUUCAAACCCCCGUCGUCCUGCAGGAGGUUUGAACAAGGAAGUAAAUUAUCUUCAACUCUGAAGGAACAUCCCAAACAUGUAAAACAUUUUACAAGGACAGGCUGCCUUUAUAAGAUAAUUUAACUUUGUUGUAAAAAUAUACAUGUUGGACAUAUAUGUAUUAUAUACAAGCUUGUGUAUAUUUGGGUCAAAGGAAAUAAAGUGCAGGUGUGCAUUUCUGUCAUGGGCAUUUCAUUAAAGAAAGAACUACAAUAUGACAAAGAGAAUCUUGUUGGUUUGUUUCUGCUAAUUGUGUUGGCACAACUUGCUCCCCAAAUUGUUAAUGUGAAAGUAGGCUGUAUUUUUUAUUGUCUGAUUAGACACAUUUUUGUAUUUCUAUUAUAAUGUACAAUUAUUCAUGAGUUUUGUGUAGGUCUUUAAUAACAAAAUGUAUAUCAAAGAAUAAAAUCAAAUUUCCAUAAAUUUGUCAUACAAA